AUGGCUCCCACUCGUGACACUGCGCCCGCGAAGGGCCGCAGUCGCUUCAGACUGAGGCGGCCCUCAGUCUCCAUCCCAGACAGCACUCCUUUGGAAUCACUCGACUUGUCAAACGCCAACGUUUCCGACAUCUCACUCGCUCCCAUGGAUCGUUCGGCAGACAACAGAUCCGACUUGAGUGCCAGCUCAUCUGAGGGCUGGAGACGCAAGGACGGCAACGCAAAGCCUCCUCUCAUGUUCAAGCCCCCUGCCCUCCGCUACCGCCAGUCUCGUCCAGAACUCAACCGGCCAUGGAGGCGCUCUACUGAGACUGUUUAUCCUUCUGCCGACGAAACAAACGACUCGGAUGUGGAGUCAAAGUACAGUUUUGACUCUCACUCCACCAUCACGAACGCUACCAGCGUCGAGGACUUUGAUACAUACCCCAGCAAGUCUGACGCUCACACCUCAGCAGUCCGGACUAGGCCGUUGACUGUUGAGAAACAAGUCGUAAAGACAAAUACCGUUCCACCUCCCCCAGCCAAGCCCGCCAACCUCAAAGGUGCCCGUGUCGACAUUGUCGCCCCCAGCAGGCAGAUCGUACAUAUCGAGGUGGCGCCCGCAGCCCCGGCCCCUCCCGUGGUACAGCGCAUAACUUCCCAUGACCUUCGCGAACGUGAGAAAGUCGAAGAUGGGCUUCUCAAAGAGAUCUCCCGUAUGAAAGAGGAGACCAAGAGCCUCCUCGGCAAGCAGUCUGAUACCGACAAGAGGCUUGAGGACGCCCUGGAGAGACUUUCUACUCUCUCUGCAGACAAGGCGAAGAUCGAGAAGGACGCCCUGGAGAGACUUUUUAUCCUCUCUGCAGACAAGGAGAAGAUCGAGAAGAAGCGCCGCGAGGAAAAGAACCUCAAAGACAAGAUCGCCCGCGAUUUCGAGGAACAGAGCCGUCUCCUAAAUGACGUCAAGAGCUGUCUCAGCGAACAUGAGAAGAAGCUUAAAGAUGUUGCACACCAGCUCAAGGGCCUCAAACAACAGCUGGAGGCCAAGUCCAACGACCUUGAGAAGCAAAUUGCUCUUGAAAGGGAUGCCAAGGAGGAGGCCGCCAACAAGAACGCCAUCCUGCAGAUGGACAUUGCCGAACAAGAAAAGAUCAAGAAGCACUUUGAGACUAGGUGUCGCGACCUAGAGAGGAGUGUCGGCGAUGCUCAUUAUGAGACUGAGCGCGCCCUCAUCGAGAGGAUCGCUGCGCUGGAGUUGACGAAGGAGAGCCUUCAAAUGCGCAAGGAGCUCAUCCGUAAGGGAACCGAGAUCGGAGACAUUACUGCUGAGCGUAAUCUCUUGCGUAUGGAUUACAAACCCCAGCUCAACAAAGAAAACGGUGCCUUGGCCGAAGCCAACAAGGGCCUGCAAUCCCGUAUCGACGAUCUCGACCAACAGAAGAAGGGUCUAGAAGCCAACAUCGAGAAACUGGAGACCGAGAAGAAAAGCGCUCUGGACAGCUACGAUGCUCUCGAAACCGAGAAGAAGGGCCUCGAGGCGGACAUCGAAAAGCUCAACACUGAAAAGAGAGAUAUCCAAGACCGGUUCAGUGCUCUCGAAGUUGAGAAGCAAGAAGUCGAGACCACCAAUACCGAGAUUCAAAGUCGCCUCGAAGCUACCAAGGGCGAGCUUGAAGGAGAGCUUGAGACCCAUGUCAAGGACCUUGAGGGUAUCAAGGCCCGCGUUAAAGCCCUCAAGGGUGAGAAUACAACCCUCGAGACGCAAAUCGGCUCGCUUCUCAAGGACCAGGACGACAAGAGUUCCCAGAUCCUCAGCCUCGCGGAGGAACGUAACAGCCUUCGUUCCGAGAACGCAUCGCUCAAGGAUGAAAACGAGUCGCUCAGGCGCGCAGAGUCGCUCAUGGGCUCCGUUGCCGGCUCAGCUGCACCCUCCGUUAGAGGCUCGGCGGCCCCAUCUGUCGUGGGGUCCACCGAUGACAUCAAAGGCGAAGAUGAAGCACAGCCUGCGACCGAAGAGGAGGCAUCUGCACCUCCGGCAGAGGAGGCUGUUGCGGCUUCAGCAGAGGAGCCACCUGCACCUCCAGUAGAGGAGCCACCUGCACCUCCAGUAGAGGAGACUGUUGCGGCUCCCGUUGUCGAGGAGUUUAAGGAUGAUGCUGCCAGUAUCAAAUCCACAGCACCGUCCGGAGCGGUCCCCGAGCCCGAAGUGGCAGAACCAGAGGUGACAGCAGUCGAGGAUGAUACCGCCACCGAGAAGGCCGAGUCCGUGUCUGCUAAGUCAACUACUCCCUCCGAGUCGGCCGUCAUGGAGGAGCUCCGCCAGCGUAUCACUGAGCUACAGGAUCGCAACGAGCAGCUGCAAUCCGAGACUGUCAAGCUUGGCUCUCUUAUGGCUGAGAGAGAUGAUUUGGCCACUCGCGUCGCCACGUUGGAGCCGGAGGCCGGUCAGGCGCCGCAGCUACGCGAGGAGAACGCGACCCUGACUUCGCAGCUGGCCCUCGUCAACACACAACUCGACGGCCUUCGUGCCUCUUACGAUGCGUCUGUCGCCGAGGUCAACAGUCUAAAGGACCAGAUCGGACAACUGCGCGGACGCUUGUCUACACCAUCGCUGCAAUCGCGCUCGAGGGAGUCGUCCCGCGCGAGACAGCCGACAAAGACCAGGAAGGACAACGAGAAGAAGAAGGAGCAGUUGGUGGUUGUGCGCAACCCUAAUGAACGGGGCGGAAUGUAA